CAGAUCCGCCCCUCCCAGAGUUUAUAACGGGGAUUCUCAUGGCCCAGGGAUAAGGCUUUUAACCUGCUACCUCCGUGGGACUGGCAGAGCCCAGCCUAGCCAACUAAGAAGAGCACGCGCUCGGGGUCGGCUGCAGCCCAGACUUUCCGACUGCCUCCUUCGCAACCCACCUCUGCUCCCUGUUUCAUGACAGUGCUUUUUGAAAGCAGCCUCCAGGAGCACCCGAAUCGGGACCUCUCCUGUCCUCUCCCUCGAACCGCGAAUCUCCACCAGGGGCGAAGCAGGGGGUGGGGAGGCGGUGUGUGCGGAGCCUGCUACCCACCCCACGACCGUCGCUGUCAAAAUGCUUCCCGGGCGCUGGAGCCGGCUGGUGACUUCCCAGCUGCUCCUGGUGCUGGUGCAUCUCCCGCAGACUUCCAGCCACAGAGCUACUGGACCCCGGUUCCUAAUAAGUGAUCGUGACCCUCAAUGCAACCUUCACUGCUCCCGGUCUCAGCCCAAGCCACUCUGUGCUUCAGAUGGCAGGACCUAUGAGUCAAUGUGUGACUACCAGAGAGCCAAGUGCAGGGAUGCAGCCUUGGGGGUAGUACAUCGAGGCAGGUGUAAAGAUGUUGGCCAAAGCAAGUGCCGCCAGGAGAGGGCUCAAGCCUUGGAGCAAGCCAAGAAACCUCAGGAAGCGGUGUUUGUGCCAGAAUGUAAUGAGGAUGGCUCUUUCACACAGGUGCAGUGCCAUACAUAUACUGGAUACUGUUGGUGUGUCACUACUGAUGGGAAGCCCAUCAGUGGCUCUUCUGUGCAGAACAAAACUCCUGUAUGUUCAGGUUCAGUCACAGAUAAACCCUCAGGCCAUGGUAACUCAGGAAGGAAAGUUUCUUUUCGUUUCUUUUUAACUCUCAAUUCAGAUGAUGGGUCUAAGCCAACGCCCACGAUGGAGACACAGUUGGUGUUUGAUGGAGAUGAAAUCACAGCCCCCACUCUGUGGAUUAAGCACCUGGUAAUCAAAGACUCGAAGCUAAACAACUCUAAUGUAAGAAAUUCAGAGAAAGUCCAUUCAUGUGACCAGGAAAGACAGAGUGCACUAGAAGAGGCUCGUCAGAACCCCCGGGAGGGGAUCGUUAUUCCAGAGUGUGCCCCAGGAGGGCUUUAUAAGCCAGUGCAGUGCCACCAGUCCACUGGCUAUUGUUGGUGUGUCCUGGUUGACACAGGACGCCCACUUCCUGGGACUUCCACUCGAUAUGAGACUCCUGUAUGUGAGAGUGACGCCAGGUCCAAGAGUUCAGAAAUGGAUGAUCCAUUUAAGGAAAGAGAACUACCAGGCUGUCCAGAAGGAAAGAAAAUGGAAUUUAUCACCAGUUUGCUAGAUGCCCUCACCACAGAUAUGGUUCAGGCUAUUAAUUCGGCAGCACCCACUGGAGGUGGGAGGUUCUCUGAGCCAGAUCCAAGCCACACUCUGGAGGAGCGGGUGGUACACUGGUACUUUAGCCAGCUGGAUAACAACAGCAGCAAUGACAUCAGCAAGAGAGAGAUGAAGCCCUUCAAAAGAUAUGUGAAGAAGAAAGCCAAACCCAAGAAAUGUGCCCGGCGUUUUACAGACUACUGUGACCUGAACAAGGACAAAUCCAUCUCACUACAAGAGCUGAAAGGCUGCCUGGGAGUGAGAAAGGAAGGAGGUAGCAGCAUGAGCAGCUUUCCUCAUGGAAAAAGACAAGGCAUUAACCCAUUCAUAGGACAACUGGUCUAAAAGCAGAAGCGCAGGUGGAGAGUCCGUGAAGAGAGAAUGGAUCAGAGACCUUUGACCCUGACAAGUCACAUCCUUCCUACCAGGAGAGGUGCCCACAAUGUUUGCACUUUUAAAUCAUUCUCUCAUGUGUGUGUGUGUGUGUUGUUUUGUUUUGGGUCCUGUUUUUUUUUUUUUAACACUGUUAUUGAAUACCACAGUGGGAGAAGAGAAGAAGAAAAAAAGCAAAAGUUUUCUCUUUUUUUGACUCAGCUACUGACAACUUUUAGAGUUUUGUUUUGUUUUAUUGGAGUUUGUUCAACCUUGAGAAGAAAGAGAUUUAUAUACUGUAUAUAAAUAUAUAUGUGAAUUGUA